CAACUGUAUCGUUGAGGCACGAAUUUGUAUGUUCAAGGUCACAUCUAGAAGCGUGUGAAUUUUCGUGAAAUGCCGUAUAUUCAUGUAUUUUCCUGACUGAAUCAGUCGCCUGUUACUCAUAAAGUCAACUGAUUGAAAGUAAUCCCUUUCAAAUGAAUACAAUGAAAAUUAAAAAUGGUUCAUCCCACUGCUCUUGUACAUAUCAGUCUAAUGGUGGGAAUGCUAAUCUAAGAAAACGUUGUAAUGGUGAUAGCCUUCAGAAGUCAUCUUUACCGAAAACAUCAACUACAUCCGAUGACGAUGAUGUUGAUGAGUCGACCACAAGAAAACUACUCCUAAUCACUGAUAUUUAUGUUUAUUGUAUGCUUUUAACUUGUGUUUGUAUAAUUAUUUUUGUAUUUUCUCGACCAUUAACAGAAGACUAUCUGAUCCGUUUAAUAUUUGGUGAAUCACUGAAUUAUUGUAAUUAUACUUAUAUACCUUCAAAGAAUAAUUAUCGUCGUCCGUAUAAAGUGUACGAUUGAUGUUAUUAUUGUUAUUAUUAUCAAGCAUAAUUUCCUUUUUUCACAUGUAUGUAUAUUUCUAAGUUCUAUUCGUCUUUCCACCUAUUCACAUAUCUUCGUAUUCUCUUACACCUUUUCUGUAGUUUGAAAGCAACAGUAACAUCAGGAUAGGAGUAUUUUUCUACAAUAUUUUGAUAACCAUACUAGAACCUUUAUAUGUAUGUAUGUAUGUAUACAUCUGUUUAUUGAUUUUUAUUUAAGUUUUGUAAUUAUUUAUUUCCUUGAUCUUCAACUGACAAAUACAUCAUUCAAAGGAUUACUUUUCAAUAUA